ACAGAAGAAAGGUUUACGUAAGCCUCAGCACUCCUAUACCUGAAAAGCUACUUCAACUUGACAGUGAAAAUAGAUCAGUACAGGCAACCAAUGACUAUAACAAGCUACAGGUGUAUUUGUACUUCUCAGUUCCAGUUCUGAAUUCAUCCACAGAAAUUAUGAAUUCUCUCAACAUUAGUCAGGGUUCACUUCUUCCAACGAGUGGAGAAAGUCUUGGAAAUCGGAGAUUUGGAUUCAUGAUUGCUAAUAUCUCCUCAACUGCUAUAAUCUCAGUUGACUUCAAUUCAGAGUCUAUAAUAACCAGACAAGGGACUCAAGUUUCUCCAAUUGCACCAGUUACUUUCCUUUAUGAUUCGAGGAGACCUGCUGUGAUGUUGAGUACAUAUAGCAUGAGGACAAGAGAAGACAAUCUCUCGAUACUAAUCAAUUUUAUGAAGCCUGUUUUUGGCUUCAAUGCCUCUUGCAUAUCAAUUUUAGGGGGUUCAUUAAAAAGCUUCAAUAGAAAAAGACGGAGCACAUAUGUUGUUGAGAUACAAGCAAAUGAGGAUCUGGUAUUUGUUAGUGUUCCGGAGAAUGUAACUAGUGAUGUUGUCGGUAACCAAAAUCUGGCUUCCAAAGUUCUACAAGUGAGGCACUACUCUGUACCUGUGAUUUCUUCUGUGGUUUAUGCAUUUACAACUGCUUCUUUUGUGGUGACACUGAUUGCUGCGGGACUGCUUACUAUCGCAACUUCAAGCCUUCAAUCUGUUGUUCCAUCUAUGAGACCGUCUAUCGCUGAUCCAGCAAGGAAUCUUUUUAGAAUAAUGGGCCAUAUUCAGGUCUUUGCACUAUCUAGAUGGUUAGCAGUUGAGCUUCCAGUUGAGUUUUUUGAAUUUGCCAGGCAUUUGCAAUGGACCAUACCCUAUUUUUCUGUGCCAUGGGAAGCUGGACAUAUGAACCCCUUCAUGGUAGGCUCUAGUCCUUUUGGGAGCUCUAAUUCGUUCACCAAAGCUUCAGCAACAAUCACAAACACAUUGUUUAAGAGUUUGAGUUUCACCUCUUCAGUGAAUGGAUCCCCAACUUUAAAAAAAAACAAAGGGCAUGGAUCCCCACUUAAUUCUUCAGAGUACAAGCAAUAUUGUGAGGGAGCUGAAUAUAUUUCGGAUUCACAACAUUCUAGUGGAUGGACAGAUUUUUAUAGAAGCAUGUUUUGGUUAGCUGUGAUCUGUGGUGGUUUGAUGGUUCUGCAUGCUUUUCUCCUCAUUAUCCUGAAAUUUGGGAAGAGAAAUUCUGAGAACCGUAGAACAUAUGGAGCACUCACAUUCCCAAGAUUUGAGAUAUUUAUUUUAUCUCUUGCACUACCUAGUAUUUGCAGGGCCUCUGCAGUUCUUAUUAGAGGUAAUCUUAAUGUUAUUAGGGGAGCUCCUUCAGCAGUGGCAGUUGGCAUUCUACUGUUGGUUUUUGUGUUCAUUAUGCUUCUAGCUUUGUUCUUGUUCCUAUUGGUUGGAAUUACAUUUGGAAGAUUACUUCAAUACAAGGAAGGGCAGUGGACAUGGAAAGAACAAACUAAAUCUGUUUAUCUAACCAUCUUUGGCCCACUAUUUGAAGAUUUACGAGGUCCUCAAAAGUACAUGCUUUCACAAAUAUCUGGUGGAAAUCUUCCAACUCAAAGGGGCAGCAUUACUGCAUCCGGUGAUGAAACAAAAGAUGCAAAAGCACCUUUCAUUCAAAAGCUGUUUGGGAAUCUUAGAAUAUACUACGUGCUUCUUGAAUACAUAAGGCGGGUUUCGUUGGGAAUUUUGGCUGGUUUCUACAAUCAGACUCAAACUUCUAAGAGUCCAGUUAUUAUUAUGCUGUCCAUAUCCUCUUUUGAGCUAUUCUUCAUUGUGCUAAAGAAGCCUUUCAUAAAUAAAAAGGUUCAGUUAGUUGAGAUUAUCUCACUCACCUGUGAAGUUGCUUUAUUUGCUACUUGUUUAGUGCUCUUGAAGAAGGAGGGUCUUUCUGUGAGAAGUGAGAGUAAAUUUGGGAUUUUUAUGCUUGUGUUGUUCCUUUUGGGGUAUUGUCCUCAGAUUACAAAUGAAUGGAAUGCUUUAUAUGUACAAACAAGGCUGCUAGACCCUGAGGAGAAGUCACUCUUAACAGGUUCGAAAAUUGCUUCCAUUGGUUUUCUUCGUUAUUUCAUCCCUCAAAAAUACAUCAAAAACUUGGAAGAGUCGUUACCACAAAAUGGAAAUGAAAAGGAAGAAACUCGAGACACGUCUUUGGGAACUGAUGAGCACCGGCGCUCAGCUCCAACUGAUCCUUCCACUAGUGGCACUACCAGACAGAGUGGGCCUGAGCAGAAGAAUGCGACAAAACGUAAGAGAAAAGAAGAAGUCCAAGCCCAUGCCCCGAGAGAAAAUAACAAUCAGGGAAUUGAAGAUAAUAAAGAAAAGGAGUUAGUUACUGGGAAUGCUAUGUGUCAAGAAACAAGUGGAGAGAACGAAUGGGAUGAUAGUGGAACGAGAGAGGCAACAAAUGACGAUGUUACUGGGGAUGAUAGUGGAACGGGAGAGGCAGCAAAUGACAAUGUUACUGGGGAUGCUAUGUGGCAAGCAACGAGUGAAGAGAAUGAAUGGGAUGAUAGUGGAAUAGGAGAGGUAGCGAAUGACAAUGAUGGGGAUGGGUGCUCAGGCAGUAGAAGCUCAGGUACACCUGCAAAGGCUAGUUUUGGUAGGGGAAGGGGUUCAGCUCCAACUGAUCAUUCCACUAGUGGCACUACUAGACGGAGUGGGCCUGGGCAGAAGAAUGUGACAAAACGUAAGAACAAAGGAGAAGCCCAGGCCCAUACACAAAAAAGAGAAAAUAACAAUCUGGGGAUUGAAGAUGAUAAAGAAAAGGAGUUAGUUACUGGGGAUGCUAUGUGUCAAGCAACGAGUGGAGAGAACGAAUGGGAUGAUAAUGGAACGGGAGAGGUAGCGAAUGAUAAUGUUAUUGGGGAUGCUACGUGGCAAGCAACUAGUGGAGAGAACGAAUGGGAUGAUAGUGGAACGGGAGAGGCAGCAAAUGACAAUGUUACUUGGGAUGCUACGUGGCAAGCAACGAUUGAAGAGAACAAAUUGGAUGAUAGUGGAACGGGAGAGGUAGCAAAUGACAAUGUUACUGGAGAUGAUAGUGGAACGGGAGAGGCAACAAAUGACAAUGUUACUGGGGAUGCUACGUGGCAAGCAACGAGUGAAGAGAACAAAUUGGAUGAUAGUGGAAUGGGAGAGGCAACGAAUGACAAUGAUGGGGAUCGGCGCUCAAGCAGCAAAAGCCCAGGUACACCUACAAAGGCUAGUUUUGGUAGGGGGAGAAGUUCAGCUCCAACUGAUCAUUCCACUAGUGGCACUACUAGACGGAGUGGACCUGGGCAGAAGAAUAAAAGAGAAAAUAACAAUAAGGGGAUUAAAGAUGAUAAAGAAAAAGAGUUAGUUACUGAGGAUGCUAUGUAUCAAGCAACAAGUGGAGAGAACGAGGAUGAUAGUGGAACGGGAGAGGUAGAGAAUGACAAUGUUACUGGAGAUGCUACGGGGCAAGCAACUAGUGGAGAGAACGAGUGGGGUGAUAGUGGAAUGGAAGAGGCAGCGAAUGACAAUGAUAAGAGCACAACUUGA